CGCCCGCUGCCUGCGACAACAGCCUACCACAAGCAAUCCCUCGCCAAAUUUACUCUGUCGAGUUCCGCAAAAAGUCCUGGGACCUCAUACUACCCGCCGUGUGCGCCCAAAUAUACCGUCUUCAACGGCUCGUGCGUGCCCCACCUGCCUGCUCUCGACUGUACACAAACGCGCCCACCCACAACAACGUCCUUGAGCACGGUUCACGCCCACGUUACCAGCCAUGAGCAAUGCGGAUUUCCUCGGUCGGGCCAUCGAAACGGUCAAGAAGGCCAUUGAGACUGAUACAGCGGGUGAAUAUGAAAAGGCCUACCAGCUAUACUACAGCGCCUUGGAGCUCUUUAUGCUGGCUCUAAAAUGGGAAAAGAACCAAAAGUCCAAGGAAAUGAUUCGUGGCAAGGUCGCCGAAUACAUGGAGCGCGCCGAAAAGCUCAAGCAGCAUCUGAAUCAGAACGACGCCUCGAAUCGCAAGAAACCAGCAGCCAUGGGUUCGAAUGGCAAGUCAGCAGGCGGUAGUGGCAAGGGCGGAGGUGACGACGACGAAGGCGAACAGGACGCUGACUCUAAGAAGCUCCGUGGUGCGCUUGCGGGCGCUAUCCUUUCUGAGAAACCCAACAUUCGGUGGGAGGAUGUAGCUGGUCUCGAAGCGGCAAAAGAAGCACUCAAGGAGGCUGUCAUAUUACCCAUCAAGUUUCCACAUCUCUUCACCGGAAAGAGGCAACCAUGGAAAGGUAUAUUGCUGUAUGGGCCACCUGGUACCGGUAAAAGUUAUUUGGCAAAAGCUGUUGCGACCGAAGCGAACAGUACCUUUUUCAGUGUAUCCAGUUCGGAUCUUGUGAGCAAGUGGAUGGGUGAAUCAGAACGUCUUGUUAAGCAACUCUUCGGCAUGGCACGCGAGAACAAGCCCUCAAUCAUCUUCAUAGACGAAAUCGAUGCUCUCUGUGGUCCCCGUGGAGAAGGCGAAUCAGAGGCCUCAAGACGUAUUAAGACUGAGUUGCUGGUACAGAUGGAUGGUGUAGGCAAAGACUCAAAAGGUGUGCUCAUCCUUGGAGCAACAAACAUUCCAUGGCAGCUCGAUUCUGCUAUCCGGCGACGAUUCCAACGACGAGUACACAUUAGCUUACCAGAUCUUCCUGCGCGCAUGAAGAUGUUUGAACUUGCGGUCGGAAACACACCCUGCGAACUGAACCAGGCAGACUACAGGAAGCUGGCAGAGCUUAGCGAGGGAUAUUCUGGUUCCGACAUUUCCAUUGCAGUGCAGGACGCGCUCAUGCAGCCUGUACGUCUGAUUCAGACGGCAACACACUACAAGCCCGUCGAAGUCGAUGGCCAAACGAAAUGGACACCCUGUUCUCCUGGCGACCCACAAGCGCAUGAGAAAUCAUGGACAGAUCUCGAUGGCGACCAGUUGCUCGAGCCACCUCUCAAGGUCAAGGACUUCAUCAAGGCCAUCAAGGCUUCAAGACCGACGGUUAGUGGUGAAGAUCUGCAGCGCAGUGCUGAAUGGACCAAGGAGUUUGGAAGUGAAGGCGCUUAAUACAACGUUUUUUUAUGGGAUGAAAGGCGGUGCUGUAUACCUUGGAGGCGCUUUUGGUGUUCAUGUCCCCUUUUUAGCAUAGCGAUUUCAAUGUGUCAAAUCAAUGGAUACGGUGCCAACGUCAAAGCGUUUGUACAACCCUUAGAUGAGCAUGUCCCAAUUGAGC